AUCUUUUCAAAAUAAGAGCGCCCCACAAUCCGCUCGUGGCAGUAACCCGACUCCUCCUCGAUCUGGGCGGGGCCACGCUCCGUGUCGUGGACGCGCACGCCAACUCAGGCACCCGCCGCGCGGCCACGCCACCGGCCAGGCUCCCUCCUUCCCCCCCCCUCCCCGUCUCCUUCCUGUUGUUCCAACUCCAUUUUCCCCUCUCCAAAGUCCACCUUGACCGCCGUGUACCGCGGCGACGACGCGCAGGACAGCGGCGGAGCGCCGAGGGGUCGCCGUCGCUGGGUCACGAGUCCUCCGAGUCUUCCGAUCGGCCGCGGUCCGCAACUUUUCCAGCAGACAGUGACGUCAUCCCGUCACGUCGUGGGCCGGGAUGGCGGGCGCGUCGGUCAAGGUGGCGGUGCGCGUGCGCCCGUUCAACGCCAGGGAGACGGGUCGCAACGCCAAAUGCGUCAUCCAGAUGCGGGGCGACACCACCUGCAUCGUCAAUCCCAAACAGCCCAAAGACGCGGCCAAGAACUUCACUUUCGACCACUCCUACUGGUCGCACACCACGGUGGACGAUCCCGCCUUUGCGAGCCAGCGCCAAGUCUACAAAGACAUCGGCGAGGAGAUGCUGCUGCACGCCUUCGAAGGUUACAACGUGUGCAUUUUUGCGUACGGCCAGACCGGGGCGGGGAAGAGCUACACCAUGAUGGGCAAGCAGGAAGCCGGCCAGGAGGGCAUCAUUCCGCAGCUGUGCGAGGACUUGUUCCAGAGGACCGGGGCCAACGCGGAUCCCGACCUAAAUUAUUCCGUUGAGGUGUCCUACAUGGAGAUCUACUGUGAGCGCGUCCGGGAUCUCUUAAACCCCAAGUCCCAGGGAACCCUGCGGGUGAGGGAGCACCCCAUCCUGGGGCCGUAUGUGGAGGACUUGUCCAAACUGGCCGUGACCGGAUUCCCUGACAUCCGGGACCUGAUGGAUACAGGAAACAAAGCCCGGACGGUGGCGGCCACAAACAUGAACGAGACGUCGUCGCGCUCGCACGCCGUCUUCACCAUCGUCUUCAGCCAGCGGCGCCGAGACGUCAUGACCCAGCUGGACACGGAAAAGGUCAGCAAGAUCAGUCUCGUGGAUCUGGCGGGAAGCGAACGCGCCGACUCCUCGGGGGCCAAGGGCACCCGCCUCAAGGAAGGAGCCAACAUCAACAAGUCUCUCACCACGCUGGGAAAAGUCAUCUCCGCUCUGGCCGACAUGCAGAGCAGCAAGAAGAGGAAGAGCGACUUCAUUCCCUACAGAGACUCGGUGCUGACGUGGCUCCUCAAAGAGAACCUGGGCGGAAACUCCCGCACGGCCAUGAUCGCCGCUCUCAGUCCCGCCGACAUCAACUACGAAGAAACGCUCAGCACCCUGAGGUACGCCGACCGGGCCAAGCAGAUCCGCUGCAACGCCAUCAUCAACGAAGACCCCAACGCCAAGCUGAUCCGAGAGCUGAAAGGGGAAGUGGAGCGACUCCGGAGCCUUCUCUUCGCUCAGGGCCUGCACGAGCUCAUCCACAACCAGGGCAACAACAACGGCUCCUCGUCAGGGAGCGGAUCCUCGCCGUUGACAAUCACAGCCAAUGGGACGGCCGCGCCGAAAGACUCCGCCUCCUCAGGUGCGCUUGAACUCGACGAGUCCGCCGCUGUCAAUCAUCUUUCUGCCGGGGAGGAGGAGGUUGCCACGGAGACCAUCAGUAAAGAGGAAGCGGAAGAAAGACUGCUGGAGACGGAGAAGAUCAUGGCCGAGCUCAACGAGACUUGGGAAGAGAAAUUAAGGAAGACUGAAUCCAUUCGUUUAGAGAGGGAGUCGCUCUUGGCCGAGAUGGGCGUGUCCAUCAAAGAAGACGGAGGGACGCUCGGGGUCUUCUCUCCUAAAGGAACUCCUCACCUGGUCAACUUGAACGAAGACCCUCUCAUGUCCGAGUGCCUCCUGUACUAUAUCAAGGAAGGAUUCACCAGGGUGGGACAGCAGGACGUCGACAUCAAGCUGUCCGGUCACUUCAUCAAGGAGAUCCACUGCGUGUUUGUGAGUGAAACCAACGAGCAAGGAGAAGUGGUGGUCACGCUGGAACCGCUGGUGGGGGCGGAGACUUACGUGAACGGGAAGCAGAUCACAGAAGCGGUGGUCCUCAAGCAAGGGAACCGCAUCGUGAUGGGCAAGAACCACGUGUUCCGCUUCAACCACCCGGAGCAGGCGCGGCUGGAGCGGGAACGCAGCGUCACGGCCGAGCAGCAGGGGGAGCCGGAGGACUGGACCUACGCUCAGCGGGAGCUCCUGGAGAAACAAGGGGUCGACAUCAAACUGGACAUGGAGAAGAGGCUCCAAGACAUGGAAACGCAAUAUCGCAAGGAGAAGGAGGAGGCCGACCUGCUUCUGGAGCAACAGCGGCUGUACGCGGAUAGCGACAGCGGAGACGAUUCCGACAAACGCUCGUGCGAGGAAAGCUGGAGACUCAUCUCCUCCCUCAGGGAGAAACUACCUGCGAACAAGGUGCAGUCUAUCGUCAAGCGUUGCGGUCUUCCGAGCAGCGGCAAGAGGAGGGAGCCUCAAAGAGUUUAUCAGAUUCCUCAAAGGAGGCGGAUCAGCAAAGACCCCAAGCGUGUAACCAUGGAGGACCUGCGGUUGCAGGCCGUCAAAGAAAUCUGCUACGAGGUGGCGCUGGGGGACUUCCGCCACUCCCGCCAGGAGAUCGAGGCGCUGGCCAUCGUCAAGAUGAAGGAACUGUGUCGGAUGUACGCCAAGAAGGACACCAACGAGAAGGACAGCUGGAAGGCGGUGGCGCAGGACGUGUGCGACACGGUGGGCAUCGGGGAAGAGAGGAGCCCCCCCUCGGAAGAGGGGGGAGGAAGCGGAGAGGCCGGAGAAGGGGGGAAGGCCUACGACCUGAAGGCUCAUGACAAGUUGACGGAUAUCUUGGAGGAAGUGAAGCUCCAGAACAACAUGAAGGAUGAGGAGAUCAAAGCGCUCCGUGACCGAAUGAUUAAGAUGGAGAGCGUCAUACCCGUCAAGGUGGAGGGCACCGCGCCCGACCAGAACGAGCAGGUGGGCGCUGAAGAUGAGGGCGGGGCUCCCCAAAAGGAGGACAGAGUGCAGCGUCUCAUGGAGGAGGACCCGGCGUUCAGGAGAGGGCGCCUCCGCUGGCUGAAGCAGGAACAGCAGCGGCUCGUCAACCUGCAGCAGCAGAACGUCGGCAAGAAGCUGCGAGGCCUCAACCAAGGCGAGCAAGGUCAACAAGUGCACCUCCCUGGGACGGGUCGCUUCAUCCCUCCCCAGGACUGCAAGCUCAAGUUCCCCUUCAAGAGCAACCCGGCACACCGCUUCUCCUGGGGACCAGCCAGCGCCGCACUGCAGGCCCUCAAUCUAGGGGAGGGUGGGGUCCUGGGGGAGGGGAAGGGAGGACUUGAGAUGGGGGGUAAAGAAGGAACCCCGCCCCCACUCCCUUUUCAGCCCUCAGCCCCACACAUUCGGAGUUCAAGUCCGCAACGCACCUGGCAACAGCGCAACCACGGCAACAAGCAGCACCAGCAGCAGCAGCCUCGCUACCGCCGAAACUCGUUUGACGGCUCCGCCGCCGGCAACGGUAACUACGAGCAGCACCAAAGGGGCGGAGCUCACCAAGGAAGACCAAGACAGAGGAGGGGGCCUUCCCCCACGCCCGGCGGACAGCGGGGGGGGGGGGACGCGGGCAUCCAUUACAACCAACAUCUUCCUCCCCAACGUCUUCCUCAUCAUCAGCAUUUUCAUCACCCAUACUACAACACCCACAAUGCACCAUUCCCAAACUACCACGCCGCCCUGACCCCUCCUCCUCCUCCAAUCCUCCUGGGUCCACCCCCAAACGGGUGGGGCUUCACCACACCGCCGCGUAUGAGACGACAGUUCAGCGAGCCGGACCUCAACAACCAGCAAGCGCCCUCUGACAUCUGA